CAGCCAAUGGGCGUCUGGGAUUCGUUGUUUGCGGAAGUUGCGGAGCCGCAGUCCACGCUGUGUAACCUGUUGACAUGUUCUGCUAUAACUGCUAUAUUCCGGCGCCAGUCACGUGCUUUUUCACGUUUAUUUCAUUCACAGAAAUGUUACAACACGAUUGGUAAUCGACAUCUCGAUCCACCUAUAGCCGGUGUGGUUUUAGACUUCUGCCGCCGACUUGUCUCUCCAAACGACCGCUCGUGUUAUCUCUUCGUACCUCGUAUUGAAUCGGCCGGACCGGAGUCGGACGUCAGCCGACGGCUUUGUGGUCGCCCACAUGAGCAGUGGGGCUGCCCGGGCCGCUGCGGGACAGGGUGCUGGGGGUCGACAUGGAGCCACCGAAGAGGCUCCGCACCACUGCAGGCGACGCAGAGACGCCGAGUGGAGAGCGAGGGGAGGCGGGGAGCGCGGUGGAUGUGGUGGGUUGAUGGACCGACCCACUCACAAGACCACACGAACCCAAAGAACUCACAGCUGAGCGAGCAGGUUUAAACAUCCAAGGAGUUGGUCAAAGGCUGACUCUAGAUGUAUGUAGACUCUGGCACUGUGUCAUUGACUCCACCCUGAAACUACCAGUGUUGUCAUGCCAGUGUACAACGCAUCCUGUUGGCUGGAUGAGUGUCUGCAGGCCAUAUCAGAGCAAGACUUCACCGGAUCCAUGGAGCUGUCAGUCUAUGACGAUGCGAGCACUGAUGACUCCAGGAUAGUGGUGGAGGGUUGGAGGGAGAGGCUGGAGGCGAGGGGCAUCUCAGUAUUGAUCUCUGGUCACAGCUCUGCCCAACCAAGAGGAGUGGGAUAUGCAAAGAAUAAGGCAAUAUCUCAGAGCUGUGGGAAAUACUUGUGCUUUCAGGAUGCGGAUGACGUUAUGUUGCAUCAGAGGGUUCGUCUGCAGUAUGAGGUGUCUGUCCUCCACCCAAACUCUCUGAUUGGCUGCAGAGUUCAGAGGCUUCCAGAAGGAUCUACAGAGCGAUACACUCGCUGGAUCAACACAAUCUCUCAGGAUCAGCUCGUGACACAGGUGUUCACGUCUCACGGCCCCACCGUUGUCAUGCCGACAUGGUUCUGCUCAAAGAACUGGUUCCUGAAGGUUGGACCAUUUGACGAGGGAGGCAAGGGUGUCCCAGAGGAUCUGCUCUUCUUCUACCAGAGUCUUCGUCGGGGAGGCGGGCUGUCCAGGGUCGAUCAGUGCCUGCUGGUCUACCGUUACCACGAGAAGGCCGCCACACACUCUGUAACAGAGGAAACCAUUUGGAAGCUGCGAGUAGACUACCUGCAGGAGAGAGUACUCAGCCAGUGGGAGAGCUUCACCAUAUGGAACGCUGGGAAACAGGGCCGGAAGCUGUACCGGUGCCUGAGUUGGGCCAAUCAGAAAAAAGUCAAAGCUUUCUGUGAUGUGGAUUACAACAAGAUCCAGAAAGGCUUUUACACUUAUGAAGAAUCUAAGGAAAUACCGAAGCCAAAAGUCCCGAUCCUGCACUACAGAGCUGCCUCCGCCCCCUUCAUCAUCUGUGUUAAACUGGACAUGACGGGAGGUGUUCUGGAGCAGAACCUUAACUCUUUGCAGCUGAAGGAAGGAACCGAUUACUACCAUUUCAACUAAUUGCUUGGGUAGACGAAGAAGAGGAACCCUGGAGCUGUAACAGCCAGAGGAAAGCAUGGAAGUGGGUUACUUACUACAUACUCACAAACUGAGAGACAGGCAGGUAAUAAGAGGAAAAGAGCGAUCGCUGGAACAGAGAGGAUUUCUCGGCCUCACACCUGAACCACAGCACAGUUACAUUUGGCUGCUUUCAGAGAACCUUAAACCAAGAGUUUGAUAUUUUGGGGUAAUCCACUCACUCACUUUCUCAUUGAGAGUUAGAUGAUGAGAUUGAUGUCACUCUCGUAUCUGAAUCGUUAAAUCUGAACCUGCAGCUAGGAGAUGCUGAGCUUAGCUCAAAGACUGGAAAGUAUUGCAUUUUCUUUUCACCAAUUUUGAACAAAAAUUUGCUCUUCAUUUGGAUGAAACUGAUUUGUUUCUUACUCGGGUACUUCAGAUUCCUUUUUAUUUUCACCCUUUUUUGUGGAUUACAUUAAACUUUAUUGAGGCUAUGCUCUGAUAAAAUAGCUGUCUGUUGGGGGUAGCUUCUUAUUUAGCAUACAGGUGUGAAAGUGGUAUAAAUUUUCUUGUCUUAGUGUCUGUAAAAUUUAAAAAACAAAAAGCAAUUUAGGGUAUUUCCCAAUGUGUGGAACUAUUCCUUUUAAAAGCUUGAACAUGAGUUUUGAAGCUAAUUGAAGUACCAUAACUUCAAGUACUAGGAAGAGCGUACGUGGACCUCUAUAUUUUACUCACGAUAAGACACAUUUAUCAUGCAAGAGGACGUGACGAUUACUGGUGUUGACCAUUGUAAUAAUAAAACGUUUCUCGUUUCCUAAUCCUG